AUGGAUGAUCGUCACUCUGUUACCGAUGUUUUGGAUUUUAUACUGCAGCAGACAAUGUUAAGAGUAAAGGAUCCUAAGAAGUCCCUAGACUUCUAUACAAGAGUUCUUGGAAUGACGCUGCUUCAGAAAUUUGACUUUCCUAGUAUGAAGUUCUCACUCUAUUUCCUGGCAUAUGAAGAUAAAAAUGACAUCCCAAAAGAUAAAACUGAGAGAACAGCUUGGACCUUCUCUAGAAAAGCUACGCUUGAACUGACACACAACUGGGGCACUGAAAAUGAUGAAAAGCAGUCCUAUCACAAUGGCAAUUCAGAUCCCAGAGGAUUUGGACACAUUGGAAUUGCUGUUCCUGAUGUCAACAAAGCUUGUAAGAGGUUUGAAGAACUGGGGGUGAAAUUUGUGAAGAAACCAGACGAUGGUAAAAUGAAAGGACUUGCAUUUAUUCAGGAUCCUGAUGGCUACUGGAUUGAGAUUUUGAAUCCUAACCACAUGGUGACUCUCACUUAGUUCUAAAAGAAGUAUCCUGUAAGAGAUGCACACUGUCGAUCCCCUGGAGCAAAUCUGUAACAGCAUUUGUGAAAUUCUCACUUGAUUGAGAAGAAUCAAUUGUGUUCAGAGUCUCCACCAAACUAUGCCCUGGAACCUCAGUGAACUUGAAUUCCCUUUUGUUGUCUUGUGAUGCCACUACCUUUUGCUUCCAAUUAGGAAAAUUCAACCAGCUGGCUUUUAGAAGUGCCCUUACAGAGAUUCAAUGUUAAUUUUAUACUUCACUGAACACUCUCACAAGAUAUGUGACCAGAAGUUCACUGCAUUUCACACUGUUUAGAUCUAAACUAAC